AGCGUUGGAAGAAAGAAAAGUGGGUGUGGCGACAAAGGCUGAGCUACAAACGUCUUUUCACUUCCUACAUGUGUGCACUAUAGUGGUUUAUAAACAGUGGGUAGCACACACACUGUCACACACUACUUAGUGCACUAUGUGGCCAAUAGGAAGCUGUUUGGUAUCCGGACAGAGUUAAAGGCAGAGGCUGAUUGAUGUGGACUACGGCACGCAGGAUGGGUCAAUCGCAUUCUCUAUGCGCGGUGUCGUACUCGACAGCGCCUUCAGUCCGGGGGAGCGGAAACGCGAGGAGGAAAGCGAUACAAGUUUGCGGAUCUGCGUGUUUGGGGAUCAGGAGCCACCGGUCGGACAAGAAUUCAAUGAAAAACGAGCAGCUCCCGAGGCUUGAGUCGUACCGGCGUCACGCGUUCGAGAGCGUGUUGGAGGAGCACGCGCAGUUAGACGGACAGAGGAAGUCGCUUGAUAGUGGCAGAGGCUCGGAUACGGACCGAACCGCCGCCCCUGGUGACGCGCGGACUUCCGGCCGUUCCGUCGUCAACUUUGAAGGGAUUUCGAGCGAGGGAACAAAUGUAGCCAUCGACGCGGGCUUCAGUAGCGUCGAGUGGGAUGAUAACAGCGACUCAAAACGCGGAGAGCGAGCAGCUGCGGAGGAGCAGGAGAAGAACCAUGAGUGGAGAAGCUCAGCUCUGAACAUGGAAGAACCCCGAGAAAGAGUUGCUAUUGGUUUCGAUGGCACAGGAGCGUUUCGGCUGUUCACUCCGAUCCACUCUGGUCCAUUCCCAGAAGACAAUCAUCCAACCAUCAAACCAGAGCCGCAGAUUCACUCUUAUAUAACGAGCAGACUCCUCGUUCCUCCACAUCUCCACACCAGAACUCCACCGGCCGUCCAGACGUCUUCACCGCGCCGAAGCGAGAACUCUGAUCACGAUCUGAUCUCUCCCGAACAGGAAUACGUCCAUGGCGAAGGUUUAAUGGAGUACCACGGGUUCCCCGGGACCAUCCCGAGACUCAUUGUGACCCACGAUCCGAGUCCGAGUCAACCGGAGGACGUGGAGGUCGCCGAGUACCCGCUGAGCUUCGGCGCCUUGUCGCUGGACCUGCAGCCCGGCCACGAGUCUCCGUACUCGGACAGUGGGUGUGGAGGCUCCCCUACUCCACGCGUCUCGCUCCGCAAGCUCUCCAGCUCGUCCUCGGCUGGACUCUCGUCCGCGUCCUCGUUCGAGGAGUCUGAGGACGACAUAACCGGGAGCGACGUCGAGCCCACCAGCCUGUCCCCCAGCACGCACGUGUCUUUCGGCAGUCCGAAUGCGCUGUCCCGGUCAAGAUCGUGGAGAAAGCUAAAAAGCAUGGUGCACAUCACACCCUUCAUGGUGUCCUAUAAGAAGCACUACCCAUGGGUGCAGUUAGCCGGCCACGCAGGUAACUUCCAGGCUGGAGAAUAUGGAAGAUUGAUGAAGAAGUUUUGUUUGUGCGAGCAGCAGUGCCUGCAGCAGCUGAUGACUGACUCGCUCAGGCCAUACGUGCCAGGAUACUACGGCGUGGUGAGAAAAGACGAUCAGGACUACAACCUGAUGGACGACCUGCUGGCUGACUUCAAUUCUCCAUCGAUCAUGGACUGCAAAAUGGGCAGCAGAACGUAUUUGGAGGAGGAUCUGGUGAAAGCUCGUGAGCGGCCCAAAUUGAGGAGGGACAUGUAUGAGAAGAUGGUGGCGGUGGACCCCGAUGCCCCGACCCCAGAAGAGAAGGCUCAGCAAGCCAUUCUGAAACCACGCUACAUGCAGUGGAGAGAAACUCUCAGUUCCACCGCCACACUCGGCUUCCGUAUCGAGGGCAUUAAGAAAGCCGACGGCACCUGCAACACCAACUUUAAAAGGACAAAGCACAGAGAACAGGUUAUGAAAGCCUUGGAGGACUUUGUGGAUGGAAACACACAGCUCCUGAGGAGUUAUUUACUGAGGCUAGACGAACUGCGAGGUGUGCUAGAGAAAUCCGAGUUCUUCCGGACACAUGAGGUGGUUGGCAGCUCUUUGCUCUUUGUCCAUGACAUCUCAGGCCUGGCACAAGUCUGGAUGAUCGACUUCGGAAAGACCGUGCCUAUUGCGGAGAACCAGAGCCUGGACCAUCGCACUCCAUGGAAAGAGGGCAACCGUGAGGACGGAUACCUCUGGGGCCUCGACAACCUAAUCGACAUCCUGAGCGCCAUGAUUCAGGAGAAAUCGUAUCGCGAGCCAUGACUGAUCUGCUGACUGUACGGAGGACACAUUAGGACCAGAGAUCAGUUGCUAACGACUCGGUGCUGGGAGAAAGAACGAAGAAACCUACGUGAAAGCACAUGAAAGGGAGGAGAAGAAAUAUGUGCCUUAGCAGACUGAUGAUCAGCAGGAUGCACGCACCAUGUAUGCAAAGUUCAUAGACUCUUGGAUUAAAAUAACUUUUUUUUUUUUUUUUUUUUUUUUUUUUAAAAAGGUGAACUUGAAAUUGAGACUUUUCAGUUUCUUUCUUUUUUUUCUUUUUAUAUAAACAAAAUGAAAGUACAGAUAACACUAGAACACUGGAGACCGAUCCAUCUGCUCAUCCUCAAUUAAUAUUUUUAUAGUAAUGUAAAUAUACUAAUUUAAUUUUAUUCCAAGGAACCCUUUUAUUUCUGUGCUUCCUGUUUUCUUUUGCGGUAAUUUGAUUUACGGCACCAUUUAAUUAGGUUGAAAGUGGACAUACUGGAUCUUAAAUUGGUUUUGGGUAUUUUUUUUUUAAACCACAGUUUAAUAUCUGAGCGUUGACAAGUUUUAAUGGCACACGUCAUGCAAGAUGCUUGAUCAGGUUUUAAUGAGUCUAUUUGUGGUCCAAGUACUGAAACCAUAGGAAACGUUCCAUUAAAUAUUCCCAUUUUUCUAAAUGAUUCCUGCAAAAGCACAUGAAAAUCAUGCAGUAUUUUUGAGGUUUUUUUUCAACGAUGGUGCGACGAAUGCCAUUGAUUUCAGUCAGGCAGCUGGUUUUCUGGGCUCAAAUGGACAAAAGUUUAGAAAGUUGGCAGCACAUCAUUUUUAUUUAUUUUCUUUUUCCCCCAUAAAGUAUUCUAAACUGGAUCUACACUAAAUAAAUCAUUUUGGAGCCAGAGAA